AUGCCUGGUCGACGCAACAAGCCGCAACAGGAUUCCGAGCCAGUCAUUGGCCGUCCCCGUGGUCGCGGCCGCGGCCAAAGCGCCUCUCGCGGCCGUGGCCGUAACGCUGCCGCCGCCGCCCCCUCAACCGCAGCGCCACCACCUCCCGUCGCCGCCCCGACGUCUGUCGCGUCCCCAGCAGCCGCUACUGCCUCUCAAGUCGACGCGCUCGCGUCCCAAUUGGAAGACAAGGCGCACGUCGCUGCUGCCGCGCCGCAGCUCGUGCGCCCGCUCGUGCACACGCACUUCCCCCCGCGCCCCGGCUUUGGCAAGCUCGGGAAACCCGUGCAAGUCUACGCCAACCACUUCCGCGUCGACUUGAAGCUGGCCGGCGACGUGUUCCACUACGACGUGGCGAUGGCGGAGCAGGGCGGCCGGAGUUUCGGCAACGACGGGCCGCCCAAAGCGCUGGCCAACCAGAUCCUCCAGACGCUCGUGGCCGACCUCCGGCGCCAACUCCCCACCGUCGUCGUCGUCUCGGACGCCCGCCGCAACCUCUACACGCCCACGCGGCUGCCGUUCGCCACGCGCACGUUCGACGCGCUGCAGCUGCCCGCCGACGGCGGCCGGGCGCGGGAGUUCUCGGCCACCGUCAAGGAGGCGUCGCCCGUGGCCAUCCGCCUGCAGCAGCUGGACGAGCUCUUUGCCGGACGCCUCAACUACACGCCGUACGACGCGCUGCAGGCGCUCGACGUGGCCAUGCGCCACUCGGCUGCGCAGCGCUUCACGGUCGUGGGCCGCAACUUGUUUCAUGCGGCGGGCGCCACGUCGCUGGGCGAAGGCGCCGAGCUCUGGUUCGGCUACUUCCAGAGCUUGCGCGCGACGCAGAACCGACUGGUGGUGAACCUCGACUUGGCGGCCACGGCGUUCGUCGAGGCCAUGGACGUGCUCUCGUACUUGAGCGAGACGCUGGCGCUGCGGCAGCUGCCGACGACGCUGGCCAAGCACCAGCACGCGGCGUUCAGCAAAGCGGUUCGCGGCGUCAAGGUGCACGUCACGCACCGGCCAGGCGUCCAGCGGAGCUACCGCGUCAACGGCUUGUCGAGAGACGCGGCCGAUCGCACGUUUUUCGAGACGGACGACGGCCAGCGCGUGUCGAUCGCCCAGUACUUUGAGCAGACGUACAAGCUGCGGCUGCGGUACCCGAAGCUGCCGUGUCUGCACGUGGGCGCGCCGCAGAAGAAGAACUACCUGCCCAUGGAGGUGUGCCGCAUUCUAGCGGGCCAGAAGUGUCCGCGCAAGCCGACGGACAAGCAGGUGGCCAACAUGAUUCGCUUCACGUGCACGCCGCCGGACAAGCGCAAGCGCGCGAUCGAGCAGAAGCUGCGCGAGGCGGGCUUUAGCACGGACCCGACGCUGCGCGCGUUUGGCCUGCAAGUGGACCCCAACAUGGUCAAGACGACGGGACGGCAGCUGCCGCCGCCCACGAUCGAGUACAGCGGCGGGGCGCGCGAGAACCCGCGCGAUGGCGCGUGGAACAUGCGUGGCAAGCGUUUUAACACGCCAGCGCAGUGCCCGUCAUGGGCCGUUAUCAGUAUGUGUGAUCCCAGGCGCUGCAGUCUCGGGGACAUUCAGAAGUUUUUCAAGGCCGUGAUUGCUCAGAUGGGUCAGCUGGGCAUGCGUUGUCCGCCGGCGCUGCCGCCAAUACUGUUGAAACAGCGGCGAGAGGAUGCAGUUCGUGGCAUGUUCCAAGCUGCCGUGAAAGCGGCGACCCAAACGUUCAAGACGGCGCCCCAGAUCGUGUGGAUGAUCAACCCCGUGUCGGAUGCGCACGCGUAUGGCGAGUUGAAACUCAUGUCGGACACGGAAGCGGGACUGGGCAUCGUGUCGCAGUGCAUGUUGGCCAAGCACAUUCCAAAGUGCAGUCCGCAGUACAUUGCCAACAUCUUGAUGAAGGUGAACACGAAGCUGGGCGGGCUGAACGGCGUCAUUAGUGGGCCACUGCCGCGUGUGUCGGCGUCUCGCACCAUCAUCUUUGGCGCCGACGUGACGCACCCCAGUCCAAUGGAUAAGACGCGUCCAUCGAUCGCGGCAGUGACGGCGUCAAUGGACACGCACUUUGUGCGUCACGCAUCGGCGAUUCGCGCGCAAGGUCACCGCGUGGAGCAGAUUGAGAACCUGAAGGACAUGGCGAUGGAGCUGCUGAAACAGUUUUACCGUCAGACGCACGGCAAACCGGACCGCAUCGUGUUCUACCGCGACGGCGUGAGCGAGGGACAGUUCCACAUGGUCCUGAAUCAUGAAGUGACGGCGAUCCGGGAGGCGUGCCAGGCGCUCGAGGUGGGCUACAUGCCGCCGAUCACGUUUGUCAUUGUCCAGAAGCGGCACAACACGCGCUUGUUCCCUGGCGACUCGAAAGAUGCCGAUCGCAGUGGCAACGUCAAGGCCGGGACCGUUGUGGAGACGGGCAUUUGCCACCCGAUCGAGAACGAUUUCUACCUGAUGAGCCACGCUGGGCUGCAAGGGACCAGUCGCCCUACGCACUACCACGUGCUUUUGAAUGAGAUUGGGUUCACGGCGGACGAGCUGCAGACACUGACGUACAAGUUGUGCUAUACGUUCGCGCGUUGCACUCGUUCCGUGUCGAUGGUGCCGUCCGCGUACUACUCGCAUCUGGUCGCGUUCCGCGCUCGCUUCUUCUUGGUGGACAGCAGCGACUCUGGAUCGAUUGUCUCUGGCUUCAGCGAGACUGCGCCGGAGACGGACAUGCGCAUGUACGACGUGCAUCCUGCGAUGAAAGGCGCGAUGUACUUUGUGUAG